GGCUCUGCCUCUGCAAGCGCGGGGCUGGGCUUCGACCUGUUUGCGCCGUUGCCGCCACUUCCCCUCCAGAUGCUUCCUCACCCGCCCCCCACCCUCGCUGCCGCUGCCUCCUUGUCAGUGUAAGGGGCGCUUUCCCGGGCUUCUCUUCCCCGUCCAGGAUGACCAGCGGGCAGGAGUGCGGGCAGGUGCAGGCCAGUGAAUCUGAUGUUUCAGUUUUGGAAGAUAAAGAUAGUAACAGUUCUCAAGACGAAGAUUCUGCUCAGGAAAAUAACUCAGGUAAUGACAGUUCCAAAAGUGGCUCCAAAAGCAGCUCCGAAAGCGAGUCAGAUACAGAUGAGGCAGAUCUGAACAAAUCAAAUGAGGAUCCAGAAAAGAAAGAACUGCUGUUGCAUUGUGUUGAAUCAGAGGUUAAUAUCCAACAACACUGUGAACGCUGCAAGAUUCCACAAGAGCAAAAAGAACAAGUAACGCCCAGAAGAUUUUCUAGAGGACAAUUCUGGCUGAAGCUGGACACUGAAGGAAUUUAUCAGUGUACUAUCACAGGGUUAAUCUUCGAAGUAACCGAAGCUGCUGUCAUUGAAUAUUCCCUUUUGUCUUGGACCAAGUAUGCUGCUUAUGUUAAAGAGCCCUGGAUUGUUGUGGGCCCUAUAUUUGAUGUCAAAUGUGCAUCACCUUCUGUUCUUACUUCUAUUCAGUUUCCACAUGCCCUCUGCCUGAAUGACAAUUUCUCUGACAGGAUCUUCAAUGUGUUCCAUUUCAAAAGUAAUGGUCCAGAAUUUGAGCAUUCUUCUGAUUAUUCUACUACACAUGUCAAAUGGCGUGUGAGCUCACUGUCUCCCGUUGGUCCAGUUAUUGAGAAAUAUGAUCCAGUGUGUUACCAUGGGGUUGUUAUUUUAUACAAAGUUGUCAAUGACCAUCCUUCCUUGAAAUUCCAUGUCUAUAUUGCCAGUAACAAUAGCUCAUUUAUAAAGGAUGUGUCAAAAAGUGUACAACGUUCUACUAAUAGAUUCAUUAAAAUCGAGAAACCCCCUUGUAAUAAAUUACUUGAAGUUGGAAAGAAAUACAAAUUAACUAGUGUUCCAGAAGCUGACAUACUCCCUGAGGAAAUAAAGUUUGUUGAUGACUCUACCCUAGCACAGAAACAUUUCUUUGAGGUAUAUUUAGAACAGCCAACAGAACUUGUGUUAUCUUUGAUGGAUGUGGAAUCUGAAGAAACCGUGUGGAAAGCAAAGCUUCGAGAAUGUGACUGGAUCCUACAUAAUCAGAAUAACAAUAAGCAGAAAAGAUCCACACACAGCACCAAAAGACGAAAAUCCAGCACCAGUCUUUCAGAAGACGAGCUUUGCAACAAACGGCUAAAGGGCAAUGACACUUCAGAUGGAAUUAAAGCUAAAACAGUGUUAACUGAUCAGCAGCUGAUGAUUCUUGCGAAGAAGAUGGGUAAAAACUGGAAAGUAAUUGGCAUAGAAUGCCUUAACUUGUCAAUCGAAGAUAUCCAGCAGAUUGAGGCAAAGGAAGAAGAUGUUAAUAUGUAUAAAUGCAUGAUGUUGCGGAAAUGGAGGGAUUCUGAACAGAAUAAUGGAACUGCCCAAAGUUUAUAUGAGUGUCUUAAUGGCCAGGCAUCCCAUGAAAUGCUGGAAAUUCUGACAGGUUUUUUAAGAACAGAUGUGAGCUCAUGAGGAAACAGCUUUAAUAAGAAGAAACAUCAGGAAUAUUCUUUAAUGUACAUUUUCCAAAUCGAUGAAAAUUAGUUUUGUAGUGAACCACUACACGUUUAAAUCUUUGAAGGGUUUCUGUGAAGCAACAAUGAUAAGCCAGUUGUAUAAACUUUGGGGUGGAAGAAGGAAAGUAUAUGCAACUAUGAACUCAUGUAAAUUCUUAGCUACUUGCUGCUUUUUACUCAAGCCUUCCCAGCCUGCUGUGCUGUCGGAGGUUCAGCCUCCAUACACAUUUCACCUGCCUACGAAGAAGUGAUGCCUUCCAAAAUGUUCUCAGGUCUCCUUGGAUUGCAUUGCCUGGAUUAACUGUGAUCUUCACUCUCUGCCUGUGUCUUCCAAGUAUACCAUAGUUAUAUACCAGACAUUCAGCUGGAAAGGCACAUCUCUUCUUUCCAUGCACGAAGGUGCAAACAGAUUUCUCUUUUCUCUUCCCAUGGUUAAUUGCAAACAUUAUGGUUCAUUAUUCUUUCCCUACCCAGCAUCCCUGCUAUAGACUUUCUUCCAGUCACUUGUCAAAGGGGAAAUGGGAAAAGACUGAAAACUUCCACUUAGAAAUGUUGUAUACUGUACACUGCUUUGAGCUGCAUUCAGAGGUUUUCAGCCUGUGUACCGAGCAAACCUAGAGCUCCUCAGAAGCUUAUUGGGAGCUCCUCGAUGAGAAGCUCCCUAAUGGCAGAGAAGUUCCCUGAUGCAUAACGUGAUCACCAUUUGUAGUCUUCUACAAUGUGUAAUUGCAGGGAAUGUUUUCAUAAGUGCUUAUAUAUCAGUUUAUGUGGUCUGACAGCAACACCAGAUCUCGCACCAGAGCUGUCUCCUGGUUUUGUGGGGGUGGAGCAGUUUGGCAAAACAUUGUCUGCACCUCCCUUCCCCAGCAUAUCAAGCUAUUCAAUGAUUCUGUACCAAGAAAAGCUGAAUUUUGAGACCUUUAUAUGCACUUAUUCAAACACUGUGAAUGAAGUUUUUUAGUUUUUCAGAAGAUCAUGCAGUACCAGCCCCUGCAACACUAGAGGUACAUCGCACAGGAGAAAACCAGCAGUGAUCUGCCUGUGUGGAUGUAUACUUUUUAAAAGGACAGAGUAUCUCUGAAAUCAUAAAACCUUUUUACAAUGUAGCAUUGGCACUAUAGGCAGCUUUAGCAUCUCUCUGUGAAUGUCGUUUACAUGUCACCCCCAUAAUGUCACCAGUUUCUUGUAAAAUGCACUUUUUGUGUUGUAUAUAUUUCCUUGUAAACAGAUUGGCUGCAUUUUGUAUUCAUUCUUUUUUAUUUUAUUGAAAUUAAAUGAUGAAACCAGUUUUUUUCUUAUUAAUCAA